AUGUUCGGGGACACUUCCUACAACGUUUCCGACUUCAACCUACAGCCGAAAUUUUACUUGCGGUUGAUGAGCGCUUUCUCGUGCCUGGGUUUCCCGGUGAAUCUGCUCGGGUUGUGCGUGAUUUUUCGAUACACUCCCGAGCAUCUCAAAACCAUUCGAUGCCACGUGGCGAAUCAACAGCUAUGGGCGACUCUCCAGGAUUUCCUUCUCGGUUUUUGCAUUGCGCCCGUGUUUUUUCUGCCGAUGCCCGCCGGGUGCCCGACCGGCUUUUUCGCCACUUUGAGCAUCCCGACUGAGGUGCAAUUUUGUAUGGCCGUUUUGGUGAUGUGUCUCUCGUUUUCGAGCGUUUCCCACGUCGUUUUGUACAAAUGGCAACUCAUCCUGCCAAAUCAUCAUCUCUGCAAGCUGCCCGCCAAGUUGAAGAUGGCCGUCUCCUCGACUCUCUACUUUUCGGUGCCGAUUUUCUGCAUUUUCGCCACCGAUCUCUUCGAGAAUCAACAAGAACAGAAAAAGCUUUUGGCAGAGAACUAUCCGAUCUACGAGCCGGUGACGAAACUCCCGAAUUCUCUCGUUUUCUACUUGCCCCAAUUCAACAAAUUCACCCGUUUCCUGAUGGUUUUCGGCGCGAUUUUUGGGUUUCACAUCUUCUUGAUCGGCUUUUUAACAUGGAGCUCGAUCGUGCAAAAGAAAGCUCUCGAGAAAUAUUUGACUUCGGAAACCGAUGGAAACACGAAACAAUACGUGAAAGAGAUCAAAGUGCAGCUUGCCGUCAUGAUGGGAACUCUGUUGAAACCCGGGAUUUUCAUUGGAUUGGUCAUUUUCGUGCACAUCUGGAAUGCACAAGAACUGAUCGAAUCCGCCUUUUUCCUCGUCUCCAUCUCCGGACUCAUCAACACAAUUUCAAUGUUUUGCGUGGAGCCGAACUAUCGCCAAGCGGCCAAAUAUUUGAUUUGCAAGGCUCUCGGAAGGGAUCGUGGCGAGAAGUUGUCGAUGGAUGGGGUGAAAUAUCGUACGAAUGAGCCGCCAACGCCCGUCAACAACUCACAAGUCACCAUCUUAGAGACU